AUGGUGGAGAAAAUGUCUACGUACUCACCGCAGGCAGCAAAGGUGACCUCAGUAGAAGCGAUGCCGGAAGGUGAAUCAAAAUGGAUCACCUUGAAAAAGAUUACAUAUCGCGACCCGGCGGGAAAACAAAGGCUAUGGGAAUCGGCAGAGAGACUGACCAGACCCAAGAACAGCGAAGUCGAUGCGGUUGGUGUAGUAGCCAUUCUCAACGACCCGAAGUCCUCCAAAGGUCCUUCUUUACUGCUCCAGAAGCAAUUCCGACCGGCCGUCAACAAAGUCGCGAUCGAAGUUCCGUCUGGCCUCAUUGACGAAGGAGAAGACCCUAAAACCACUGCCGUCCGCGAGCUUAAGGAAGAGACGGGAUACAUUGGCACAAUUCCACAAGACGCAAAAGCCGCUGAGGGUUUUUUGAUGUUUAAUGAUCCCGGUUUCUGCAACACCAACACCAAGAUGAUCGUUGUUGAAGUGGAUAUGUCUGAUCCUCGAAACCAGGAGGGCAACUUAGAACCCGACUUGGAGGAAGGAGAGUACAUCGAGACAUUCUCGCUACCUCUGGACAAUAUGUGGAAUGAGUUGGGCGAGCUGGAGAAGCAGGGCUACGCGAUCGAUGCUCGUGUCGGCACUCUUGCGCAGGGAAUGGAGAUGGCGAGGAAGUGGAAGGAGGUGUUGAACAGGUCUCCAUCGUAG